UUUCAUUCUACUUUCAAUCUUCCAAUCUACUUUCAAUCUUCCAACAAUCUUAAUAUUCUUGUUAUUCUUCAAAUUUUCUAAAGUUUUUAAAAGCCUUUUCUUUAUAAGAUAUGCAUCCGUCAAAUGUAUACGUACAUCCUGGUCCAGUAAAGCAUGAUGUAUUAAAAAUUCAAGUUCAUCAUCGUUCCGAAGGAAUUUGGAAUGGUAGCAUAAAAGAAGAGAGGUCUUGCUUAUAUACGUGUCGUGGUGAUAUUGAAUUUUGGCAACAUAUAAAAUAUCAUCCAUUACAUUCUCGCAUCCUUCAAUAUUUUGAAAAUUGUAGAUUUAAAGGAAUUCUUAAUGUAGGAUGUGUGUCGUAUGACUCCGGAUUAAUUUCUGCUUUAAUUGAAAGGUGGCGUCCAGAAACUCAUACUUUUCACAUGCGAACUGGCGAGGCUACCAUAACUUUACAAGAUAUUGAAAUUUUAUUCGGAAUGGUAGUAGAUGGUAGUCCUAUAAUUUUAAAUGGAGCAGAUUCUUUAGGGAUUAUAGGUAGACAAGAAAUGAUAUUUCAAUUAACCGUAUGGUUACCCGAUACUAGUUGUUUUUCUGGUGUUAGUAGAUUGUUAACAUAUAAAUUGAUUGAGUAUAUCGAAGGUUUGGAUGGUAUUAAUAAUAACUCAACUAAGCAUGAAGUUCAACAAAGAUUUAGAUUAUAUUUAUUAUGGUUAUGUGGUGGAUCAAUAUUUCCGGAUAAAUCUAAUAAUAAGAUUAAUUUGGACAUUUUGAUUGACAUGAGAAAUUUAGAUUUAAUGUCAACUCAAGCAUGGGGAUCAGCCGCAUUAUCAUAUUUGUAUAAUUGUUUAUGCCGUGCGUCAAUGAAAAAAUCAAAUGAAGUUUGUGGAUUUCUCUCUUUAGUGCAGAUUUGGGCAUGGGAAAGAUUUAUUCCCCUGCAACCAUUUCCAAAGCCUCUAAGAACCAAUCAACUUGAGGCUUCAACUGCGCUUGCACGUAAAUGGACGCGACAUAGAAAUCAUCAAAAUGAGGCACGAACUGUAAAUCGGUGUGAUUAGGGAUGUACUAGAUAAUCUAACUGAUGAACAGGUAUUUAAUAUUAUUAGUAUCUUAAACUAUUCAUAUUUUAUUUUAUUUUAAAUAAGAAUAUAUUUGGUAGAUCUUUAAAUGA